ACUCUGAUGUGCAUCCCUCCGGAGGGUGAGGCGGGGACCGAGGUGCCGGUGAAGGUGUUGAACUGCGACACGGUGACGCAGGUCAAGGACAAGCUGCUGGACGCCGUGUACAAAGGGGUUUCGUUCUCUCAGAGACCGCAGGCCGACGACAUGGACCUCGAGUGGCGUCAGGGCCGGCUGACCAGGAUCAUCCUGCAGGACGAAGACGUGACCACCAAGAUCGAGAGCGACUGGAAGAGGCUGAACACACUGGCACACUACCAGGUUACAGACGGCUCCCUGGUGGCGCUGGUCCAGAAGCAGGUUUCUGCGUACAACAUCGCCAACUCCUUCACCUUCACCAGAUCCCUGAGCAGAUACGAGUCGUUACUUCGAACAUCCAGCAGUCCUGACAGUCUGAGAUCCAGAGCGCCGAUGAUCACCCCGGACCAGGAGACAGGGACUAAACUGUGGCACCUGGUGAAGAAUCACGAGCACAGCGAUCAGAGGGAAGGAGACCGAGGCAGCAAGAUGGUUUCUGAGAUCUACCUGACCAGACUGCUGGCUACCAAGGGGACGCUGCAGAAGUUUGUGGACGACCUGUUUGAGACAGUGUUCAGCACCGCCCACCGGGGAUCUGCUCUCCCAUUGGCUAUCAAAUAUAUGUUCGACUUCCUGGACGAGCAGGCGGACAAACGACAGAUCACAGACCCGGACGUCCGACACACCUGGAAGAGCAACUGCCUUCCUCUCAGGUUCUGGGUGAACGUGAUAAAGAACCCUCAGUUUGUGUUCGACAUCCAUAAGAGCAGCAUCACGGACGCCUGUCUGUCGGUCGUCGCCCAGACCUUCAUGGACUCCUGCUCGACGUCCGAACAUCGGCUCGGAAAAGACUCUCCAUCCAACAAGCUGCUUUACGCUAAAGACAUCCCCAACUACAAGAGCUGGGUGGAGAGGUACUACAGGGAUAUUGCGAAGAUGCCCAGCAUCAGUGAUCAGGACAUGGACGCCUACCUGGUGGAGCAGUCCCGUCUGCACGGCACCGAGUUCAACACACUGAGCGCACUCAGUGAGCUCUACUUCUACAUCAACAAGUACAAGGAAGAGAUCCUGACAGCGUUGGAUCGGGACGGGUACUGUCGCAAACACAAACUGAGGCACAAACUGGAGCAAGCCAUCAACCUGAUGUCUGGGAGCAGCUGAGAGGAGAGAAUGGACUGAAGGACUGAUGGAAGGAUUGGGGGGUGGGGAAGAAGAAUGGAGGAGGGGGAAGUGAAGACAUUUUGUUUUUCUGAACUGUCUAAACAGUCAGCUGAACUGCUCAGUGUCGGACCGAAUGACAGCCACAGCUUCGGCCCUUGAGCAAUCAAUCCAUCAGCAAUGUAUUUCUCGAUUGAUUGAUUGAUUGAUUGAUUGAUUGAUUGAUUGGAAGACUGAUUACCUGGAUGGCUGGGACCCCAACUAUCUCCGUUUGGUGGGUUUUGGGGUUGAAAAAUCAGUGUCCAAACCGAUUUGGAUACAUUUACAACAUGACUUCAACGUGGAAUGGAGUCAUUUUGGGUCGAAAACGAUGCAAGAUGCAUCUGUCGGUUUGAAUUUUCGAUUUAAAUUCACUGCAGGUUGUAAGCAGGGAUCAAAGCAAAAGGGGAAAGGCUGUGGAAAGACAUGGAAACUAAGGACUAAGUUAGGUUUCACCAAACAACGGAUGUGACAUGAGGACUUAUCGACCUGACAUCAGGAUUCCCAGCCUGGUUGGGAAAAUUCUAGAUGCUAAGUUGAAAAGCAAUAGGUCUAGUCAAGUUUCUGGGCUUCACCUUCAAAGCUUGUUCUGGUCCAAAGGAUCAGGAAACUAGGCUGAUCGUCAAGGGGUCAUGGUAAAAUCGCAUAAGCCUCAUCGUAGUCCAGACGAAUCCGGGCUAAAUGUCAAAAGGUCAAGUCAAGGCUCACUGCAGAAGUCCGAAGCCUCGUUACUGAUGUCGUGAAUCCUUAGCCUUGAAUGGUAGGAAUCUGAUUCACUUUAAGAAGUUCAGGUCAACCGUCAAGGAAGGAAUCGUCAAAGUCAAACUUGUUGUUUCAAGCUUUAACGAAGGGGAAGGAAGCAAAUAAACUAAUGUCCCUAUAACUGAUAACUUCAGUUUACCUUGGAAAAACUGCGCAGUCUCCAAAGACGUGAAUUCACGGUGCAAAAUAACAGGAAUUCAUCUUUGGAGAUAAGGAACCAAUGAGCCGGGACACUUUGACUUGACCUUGGACUGUUCGGCCAAGCCUCGUCAGGAUCUAGGAGUUUCGAAGUUGCUGUAUAACCACCCAAUGUUUUCUCUGGACAAUCACUCUUUACCACAGCACACUGAGCCCAAUGCCUACCGACCGCCAGUACCUGUGUCCAUAAUCCCGUCCCUUUCCUUUUCCUUUCCUUCAUCCUCAACUCUUAGUACUUUACCCUUUCCUUCGUUUUGUCUUCUUCUCUAUCUUCCCUUCUCCCUCCAUUCUGACUAGUUCCCUCUUUCACCCCACUUUUUAAUUUCUCUUCCCCCUUCCAACCCCUCUCUGUCAUUGGUCAGUGAUGCUGGCCUCUGGUCAUCCUAUUGGCCAGGAAGACUCUUUAGUAAUGUACUGCCCGACCAAUCAAGACUGUGGAAUUCGCCAGAAUCAUGAAAAGUGAAUAUAUAAGAAAUUAAUCCAGAAUUACGUUUUGAAUACAUUCCAGCACAGGCACACAGGCAAGGUCUGUAAAUAAGCAGGUUGACUCGCUAAUUCUUCGCUAAAACAGAAGAACUUCUGACUGACCGACACUUUUUCAGGACCAGAACAACCUGGAUAUUUGGGUUCUGGAUUCAGCACCAGUCGGUACACUUUGACGCUGGUUGGUGCAGAACGCUUUAUUGUCGGACCUUGCACAUACACCCACAUACAGCCAUGCUUUACAGCGCCACGCUAACCGUGCCCAGGGGGAAAUACUGUGCAGAGCUACAAGCCCAGUGCCAUGUAAAGACCGGACCGGAUCACGUCAGAACUGGACCGGACUUGGACCAAACCCGGAUCAAAAACAACCUGGAGUUUUAACCCGGACCGUAACUCAAGAACUUUGAAGACUUGUGGCCAUAAUUGUAAACAAACAAAAAAAAAAAAGAAAGAUGAUAAUAAUAAUAAUAAUGAUGAUAAAGUAUAAAAGUUAAAAAAGAAUACAAAAAGAAAGGACAAAAAAGAAAUAUUGAAAUGUUAACAUGUAAUAAGAACUUUGUGGAUUUGACAGUAUGGAUUUUAAGGAGCUGAACUUGUAUAGAGCUGAACAUUAUGCUACAUCAGAGUCUGGAGAAAGAGAGACAGCCAGGAGACAGAACAAUGGAUCAAACCGGACUGAACAGAAUCAAACCGGAUUGUUACCGGACUGAACUUGAAGGAACUGAAUAUCUGCUCUGAAUGUCAACGUUGGACGAACCAACUGGACUUUUUGGUACUUUCUUUUACCGAAUGGGAUGUUUGUUUGAACCGAUCAGAGCAGUGUUGGAUGGAGGGUUAGUUUGGAGGGUUUGACGUUGCAUGUGUCGCCUAUAAUGGAGUCUUUGUUUUGAUGAUUUCUCGUUCAUCCUAGAGGCGAAUGAGGGCGCUUUCACACUGUCUGCCAAUCCUACAAAUGUUUACCUUGAAACUUGCAAAUGUUUUCUGCAGAUGGGGGAAUUGUACCUCAGUCCAACCAUCUUGAUGCUCGUGAACAAAUACACAUACGGAGGAUUAUACGUAACGCAAAAAACUGACUACAGUGUAAAACGCUCUUAUUCUCUGACUGAAGGAUGGUUGGAUUGUUGGAUAGAGGACUUUCAAACCUGGCAACGCUGCACCCCUUCAACCUUGUGUUUCUGUGGUAGAACAUUUUCGCUUCACACAACUUAUAUUUAUUGUUCAGGGUUUUAUUUUGGGGUCAACAUUUGUCAAAAGUAAAGUUUAACAAUGAUAAUGUACCUUUUUGAGAACUCACAGUUUCUGCUCAACGGGGCAGUUUGAGUCGCCCAAAAGGUUUCUUUAAAUACAUUUUAUUCACGUGAAAUUAUGCAGCAUAGGAUUCAAAUGGCAAGGCAAUAUGUCAUGUGCAACGAGGCGGGCUACCAGUACAUUUCUUGAAAUGACAAAGCCUGAUUUUAUUUCAGAAUAAUCCAAACGUUUGGUUCAAAAAUGGGAAUCUGUGGGAAGUGCAAACAUAAAUCGUUGAAUAAUUGACCAAUCUUUGUGCAUGGUUUGCCAAGCCAUGAAUAUUUCCACAUUAAUUACUUAAUGUUUCUCACCACAUGACCUCCUCUGAAGAAAUGUGAACCAUCUCUAGUGAAGGCGUUAAAAGCACCAUCAGACUCGUUGGUUGAUGUGUGAAAAUGUUCCACCACAUCGUCUGUCUUUUGGCUCUCUGCGACGCCAUAAAGCUACAAAGCACCUUGUUUUUUCA